UUGAUCCCUGAAAUAAUGAGAAAAAUGUCUCGAGAGAGAUGUUCUGAACAAGUUCAAGAUUUUACCAAAUGUUGCAAAGACUCUGGAAUACUUAUGGUAGUAAAAUGCCAGAAACAAAAUUCUGCUCUGAAAGAAUGUCUAACUGCUUACUAUAAUGAUCCAGCCUUUUAUGAAGAAUGUAAACUGGAAUACUUGAAGGAAAGGGAAAAAUUCAGAAAGCCUGCAAUGUCUACCAAGAGAAGGCUGCAGAAGUUUCCCACAAGCAUGUAG